CCAGCUACUCCCAGCUGCCUGUGAGCUCUGACAGGAACUCGGACGCUCCCUCUUGGCCCAAAUGACAGGACACACUUUGGGCUGGUUCAUCGGCAAAUUCUUACCUUGCCCCUUCACUGUUAACAGGAUCAGAUUGCAUCUCUUUCAGUCUCCUCCACUCCCACCUCUGUGACUCUUUAAAAGAAGAAGUAGAGAAGAUAAAUCCACUCUCAUCACCUGGAAGGGAAGACAAAACAGCCUCAACUCCGUUUUGAAAAAAUCUUUCCAAGACCUUUCUUCAGAGAUUUUACUCAGUUGAUCUACAAUGAAGAAAGAACACAUCUUUUGGACGUCUAUAUGCCUGCUGCUUGGUCUUGUCCCUGCCCCUGUUAGCUCAGCAGCCGAGGAAGAUGAAGAAUUCACAAACAUUACAGAUAUUAAACCGCCACUACAGAAGCCGACACACUCAUUUUGUGCAAUGAAGGUAGAUGAUGGGCCGUGCAGAGCAUACAUCAAGAGAUUUUUUUUCAAUAUUCUCACUCAUCAGUGUGAAGAAUUUAUAUAUGGAGGAUGUGAAGGGAACGAGAAUCGAUUCGAGAGUCUGGAAGAAUGCAAAGAAAAAUGUGCACGAGAUUAUCCAAAGAUGACUACAAAGCUGACAUUUCAAAAAGGAAAGCCUGAUUUCUGCUUUUUGGAAGAAGAUCCUGGUAUUUGUCGAGGUUAUAUUACCAGAUAUUUUUAUAACAAUCAAUCAAAACAAUGUGAACGUUUCAAGUACGGUGGGUGCCUUGGCAAUCUAAACAACUUUGAGUCACUGGAAGAAUGCAAGAACACCUGUGAGAAUCCAACGAGUGAUUUCCAGGUGGAUGACCAUAGAACCCAGCUCAAUACUGUGAAUAACACUUUAAUUAACCAGCCGACCAAGGCUCCCAGACGUUGGGUUACAAAGGAAACAACAAAUGAUGGUUGGAAGAAUGCUGUUCAUACUUACCAAGUCUUUCUGAUCGUCUUCUUCAUUCAUGCAUCCAUGUUAUCUUUAGGAUUGGAUAGCAUUUUAUGAAUUUGUUAAUAUUUAUGUUUGAGGUAUUUCCUUAAUAUGUGAUGUCUCUGGAGCAUAGUAUUAAUAAACUGUAGCAUUUACGUGUAUAGUUAAUACACUCCUUGCCUUACAUCUCACUGUAAAUGUUUAAGUACUAAAGAAAACUUAUGUUCUCAAGUGUUCAUGUUGAUUUGGGGUCUUUUCAGUGAAGCUGACCAGUCAUGAAGAUAAGUGAAUUACUAUUGUGGUUGUCAGAAAACCAUUUGCUUCCAUAUAACUUUUAACAGGUGUCUUGGGACUACAUCAAUGUUAUGACAUUUUGGGAAACAAAUCUUUGGUAAACUUCGAAAACCUACUUCCAACCAAUUUGAUAGUUGCUCUCUGACUGAAAAAAGGAAAAACUAUAUACCUUGCUGAGUCCCACGUUGCUCCCUACCAGCCUCCAAAUCCAGGGAAAAUGAUGGGACGUCAUCAUGAAAACCAUUUGAUUACUUCACACUCUCUCUCUCUUAUCUAUAUACAAUGUAUGACCUAAUGUCCAGAUUCCAUACAUUAAUGGAAAAAAGUGGAAAGAAAUAAAACUGUAUACUUUAAAAAAA